UAAUUCUGGUUGCGUCUGUGGGUUUGUCGUACUUAGCUGUUGCUGAGCUGGUCUUAAGUAUUUGUGGAUUCCUUGCGCUGGUUUUUAGUACUUUUGGGGAUGGGGACAGUAUUAAGUUUACUAGGAACCAUUUUAGUAAUAGUGUUUUAUAGCAAUGUGGACGGGGAAGGGUUUGAGUAAGAUGAGGCUGGACUCUUAAAAUUUCUGUCUUUCUUCACAGACGAGUAGCUUCGCUUUGCUAUCAAAUUUCCUUGGUAUUGCUGCAGUUGAUGUUCUUCUAAGGACUGCGUUCUGGGUCUUUGAUACUAAGGAUGGCCACCACUAUCUUCAUAGAUAAAGAAAAUGGUAACAUUGGCACCGCUGUUGUUUCAAAGGAUCGACAGAGACUGCUGUCAGCACCUUCAAAGGCUUUCAUUGAAAAAUCUCACCCCAAGACUCCACUUGCUGGAAGGACAGCUAAUAUAAAUCCAGCAGCCUCCUGUUCUGUCAAGAAGGCUCUAGGAAAUGUGAGCAGGACUCUAACACCCACAAAGCACCAAAUCCCCAAAGAAAAUAAGUUCGUAUCUGUGGAAAAGGUUUCUGGGAAUACAAAUAUAGUUGGACACUGCAGCACAGACACUGAUGACUGGCCAGAAAAGGAGAAUUUCUUUCCUUGGAAUCCUCUAGAAGGUGUGAGUUUUGAGGUUCCUGAGGAGCACAGACUGAGCCAUUUAUCGCUAAUUGGUGUUCCUCUUAUGACAUUUGAAAAUGCAUCUGAGAAGUUUCAAAGCAUGGUCCAUAUAACUAGAAAACCUUCAAUUUCUUGGGACUUUGAUACUCUUCAGUCAACUACAGACUUUCUAGCUACUUUGGAUGAAAUAAUAAUCGACUUGCCCCCUCCUCUGUAACAUAUAUAAAAGACUACCUUUUAAACUAUAUUCUGAACACAUUUUAUCCAUUGAAAUAAUAAAGAAUUUAUGUUCUGUA